CAGCCUAAAAGUUCAAAAAAUAUUUUUUUAUAUUUUCUACUUCAGACAUCCCUGGUCACAUUUUUUUUUCUUUUUCCCCUUCUUUCAAAAAUGUCAUUUAGAGCACUUAAAUCAACUCGAGAUAUUCUUCAACAAUUGAGAACAGGACCUGGAGCGACUGCUUUACCUUCAAAUAUAAACAAGAUUGCAUUGACAUUUGCGAUAAAGGGAAAGAAUGAGAGCGCUUCAGCAAGACACUUUUUACAAGAGAAUCUUCCUCGUAUGCAAUAUAAUAACCCACAUAUAGAAUAUGAAGUCAAUAGAGUCCAUGAUUCUAGUAUUAAACCAACAGUGACCAUUCAUUAUAGUGAUGGAAAAUCAAAAACAUUAGAUAUUGCUCGUGUGCAGUCAAGUGCCAUUUGUGAACAAAUCAUGAGUAGUUAAAAUAAACAGGAUAGAACGAUUGAACAACCAAUGACAAAGACCAAUACAGAUAUAUCUUGUACUAGACAUGACCAAAUGAGUUUGUACCGUAAAAAGAGAGUGACUAUCUGAUUGAGUGGU